GCAUAUUAUUUAUUAUUAUUAAAACGAUGUUUGAGUGACCCUGAAUACAGAAAAUGAAUGGCGACUCCUUCUCAUUACUAUCUAUGGCCCAGGCCCGGCCUUUGAUAGUUAUUAUGUUGAUGGGUAAUGUAGUCCAUUACUCUAUUGUCCUUCACCCAUUGUCUCGCAAAAAAACUACAGUUACAGUGUCGGUGCUUGAGGGGCACGCACAGUCGUGUGGGGCCCGAAAGAGUGUAGUUUUGAAGGGAAACCAAGGUUGUUGAGGUUCGUGGUGGGAAUAGCAAGAUCUGGGCUCUCUUCCUCCCUGCUCUGUGGUAAAGACGGCUGCUGGUUGCAGGCACCGAGUGGUGCAACAGAAGCAGUGUGACAUUGCCCUGUCCUACUCUCAUGUCCCCCCCCCCCCAUGUAUGUCUUCCCUGCCUGUUAGUGUCCCCAUCUGGUCCCCUCAUUGUCUCGCUGCCUUCUCCAGCCUGAAGCCCUCCUUUCCCUCAUGCUUUGGACAAAGCCGGCACACUGCCAGCCCAAUGACUGCCUGGAUCGUCCUGCCUGUCAGCCUCUCUGCCUUCUCCAUCACAGGGAUAUGGAUAGUCUACGCCAUGGCUGUGAUGAACCAUCAUGUUUGUCCGGUGGAGAACUGGUCCUACAAUGUUACAUGUACAGAGGAGAUGGCCAGGCCAGGCUUCCCAAAGACAUGCUGCACCAUACAGGACAUCCCCCUCAUCAGAUCCUUCACAGCUUUGUGGAAGUUACCAGUGGCGCUGAUGUUUAGGCCGAGUAAGUGUGGCUCCUUCCCCCCUGAGAGCUGCCUGUUCAGUCUGAUCGGGAAUGUCGGAGCCUUCAUGGUGGUGAUGGUGUGCCUUCUGCGCUAUGCCCAGGUGAUUGAGCACAGCCACAGUUGCUGGAUUAACACCAGCGCUCUUGUGUCUGGCUGCACCAACGCUCUAGGACUGGUCAUGGUGGGCAACUUCCAGGUUGACCAUGCCAAGUCUCUCCACUACGUUGGCGCGGGCGUGACCUUCCCCGCCGGUCUGCUCUUUGUGUGCCUGCAGUGUGUGCUCACCUACCGGUUAGCCGUCACCGCCCUUGACUACUGGAUGGCACACGUACGUGUGGCGCUGGCCGCAGGAGCCCUCGUCUCACUGGUCCUCAGUGGUAUCUUCUUCAUCCACGAGAGCUUUGUCCUCCAGCAUGCGGCGGCCAUCUGCGAGUGGGUCUUCACCGUGGACAUCCUGGUCUUUUAUGGCACUUUCACCUAUGAGUUCGGCACGGUCACCAACGACACCAUGAUGGUUGGCCUGCAGCAGACCCACCACCACUCGGAGGUCAUGAUGGGCGGCGCGUCCGGGGCCAUGACGCUGGGCAUGGGAGCCAAGGGCCUCAAGUCCCCUGGAGGAAGCAGCACAUCCACCCAUCUCAACUGCACCCCAGAGAGUAUAGCCAUGUUGUAGCUUUGUGGGGGUCACAGGAGGUCACCACACAGGCAGCAGAGGUUAGGGCUCAAUGAUAGUACUGGCCGCCAGGGGAAGGAGAAAAGACAAGACGUUGAAAAUCACAAGAUAUGAUUGACACACCGAGUCACCGGGCCGGUAUUGACGUAUUGGGUUUUCGUGUUGUAAUAAGCCGUCCGUUUCUCCACUACGGUCUAAUUUUAUUUGCUUCAUCAGCAGGAAGGAAGACUUACAGGAAGGGUAAAUAUGUGGGAUGAUGAGGGAUGAUGAUGCUGUGAAUGUUUCCAAGAUGGCUGCUGGCACAUGAGCCUCCCAGCACACUGACACGAUUAUGCCUUUUUUCUUUCUUAAAGAUCAGUGUUGUUCGACCGGUCACUGAGGCUUUGCCAGUGUUCAUUCUUGUCAUGUCGGGAUGGCAGACACAAAAGGUUUAUUUUAUAUACCAACACAAUGUUUUUUUUGUGCCACAUUUUACGGACUUCCUCUACCUGGCGAAUGAAAGAGUAGAUAACGUUGUUGGAUUGAUCGGACUUGGUUUGAGUUUUAAUUUUGUGUAUACUCUGCCAAUGUUAAAGCAUCGUAGUAGAAAAUAUUGAAUGUUUGAGAAGUGGAACUAUAGAUAGUAUACUGUUAUGUACAUGACAGGUUGUAUGCACACGCCUUUUUAUUUAUCAAUCAAGUAUAAAUUACCUGUAAAACGAUUUGUGAAAUCAGAAACAUAAAUUGACAAGACAAUUUACACAUUCUGUACACAAUAUCUGCACAAUAUCUUGAAUAGCUGCUUCGAGGGCAAGCGAUAUAAACGACUUUGUUUUUAAAAAUUGUUUAAAAUGAUAUCUCUGUAUGUUUAGUCAUUACAUUUGUUAUUCCCUAGAUACCAUUUUAUAAUUGUAUGAAAUGCUAUACAUCUAGCUGACAUGAUAUGAGCAUAGAAUGCUCACACAAACCUGCUGGUCUGUUCAGCCCCUCUGUUACUGGGGCAACCUCUGCGUCGCAAUCACUCUUGCUUGAUUUGUUUUAUAUUUACCAUUGAUGUUGCCACUGAAUUUCCCUCACCUGUUAGCCACUGGUAACAUGGCUUAUUGUGUUGUUUUCAUGAGGUCACCUUAUUGUUUUCUGUCUUUGUUUGGUGAAAUAAUGGCCAUUUCAUCUGCCAAAGUAAAGUACACUACAGAGUAGGUGUUUGAAGCCUUGCUUUGGAGAGUUUUGAACACAUUGCUCUUUGUUGUAUAUCAUUAGUACAACAUGUAAUGAAAUAUAUGGUUAUAAAUAUGACUAAUUGAACAACAGCUGUCUU